CUAGCAUCUACUGCACUGACUCUGCUGAUGGUGACAACAAAGCUGAUUUAACAUGAUGCUCACUGUACCUGGCGCCGGAAUUAUCAUAUUAUUUGCUUGGCUCUCUCCAAGUUACUCUCUCUAUUUUCACAUUGGGGAGACAGAGAAAAAAUGCUUUAUAGAGGAAAUUCCAGAUGAGACUAUGGUUAUUGGUAAGUUAGUUAGCUAUGGUUUUAGCGUUAGCUAUUGCUGGUUAACGUUAGCUACCUAGUUAGCUAGCUGCUUCUGGCCCAUAGGCUAUUUUUAUUAAGCCAGUCAGUCAGUGCAUGCAUGUCUUUUAUUUCCUGACUGAUGUAGAUUUGAUGGAUGAAAAAUAUCUAUCACAUGGGUCUUAAUAAAUAAAUGUUUUCUAGCUAGCUUCAAAAGAUGAGAAGAUGAUAAACGCUAAUAUGGGGUGAGCCAGUGUAGUGUAUUGUUAUUUGAGAUGGAGUAAAUUAUGCCAUCUAUUGACGAUAUGAGGAAUAGCCUUUCAUAAGAUUAUUUAUACCUCUCAAUUAUUAGGGAAAUACAGGACCCAGCUGUGGGACAAGCAGACCGGAUCCUUCCUCCCAGCCACCCCUGGCCUUGGAAUGCAUGUGGAGAUCAAGGAUCCGGAUACUAAGGUCAGUCCAUCAAUGAGAAAAGAGAUUAGAUGUAAAAUAAUCUCGGUUAACCCAGAACAAAAAUGCGUAAUUUACGUUGUCAGUCCACGAGAGAUUAAGAUAUAAAAUUAACACACACUCAAAUGUGUACAGUCACUACAGUUUGUAUGUUCAGAAAACCUGAAUGACCUCAAUGAGGCAAUUCAUUUUGCAUCACACAAUACAAAGACACAAUCUAAAAUCACAUCUUCAUGCACACAAUGCCUCCUCGUGUUUCAUCGGCAUGUCUCGUAUUUCUUUCCAACCCUCUAUUCUAGAUAAUCCUGUCUCGUCAGUAUGGGUCUGAUGGACGGUUCACCUUUACGUCCCAUACACCAGGCGAGCAUCAGAUCUGCCUGCACUCCAACUCCACCAAGAUGGCCCUCUUUGCUGGUGGCAAACUGGUAUGAGUGGGAUGUUGUUGUUCAUACAGAAUGGGUUGUUCAGAAAAUAUUCUGCUCACAAAAACCUUCCAUAAAGUACUAAAUACACUGAGUAUACCAAACAUUAAGAACACCUUCCUAAUAUUGAGUUGCACCCCCCCCCCCCCUCCCUUAGAACAGCCUCAAUUCAUCGGGGCAUGGACUCUACAUGGUGUCGAAAGCGUUCCACUGUGAUGCUGGCUUAUGUUGACUCCAAUGCUUCCCAUAGUUGUGUCAAGUUAGCAGGAUGUCAUUUGGGUGGUGGACCAUUCUUGAUACACAUGGGAAACUGUUGAGCGUGAAAAACCCAGCAGCGUUGCCGUUCUUGACACACUCAAACCGGUGCGCCUGGCACCUACUACCAUGCCCCGUUCAAAGGCACUUACAUCUUUUGUCUUGCCCAUUCACCCUCUGAAUGGCACACAUACACAAGUCUGGCAUUCUAUCCUUGUGUUCUAUCUUACAGAGAGUGCACCUAGAUAUUCAGGUCGGUGAGCAUACCAACAACUACCCCGAAAUCGCAGCAAAAGACAAGCUCACAGAGCUGCAAUUAAGAGCUCGACAAUUACUGGACCAAGUAGAACAAAUCCAGAAAGAGCAAAACUAUCAGCGGGUGAGUUGAAAGAUAAUGUCUACAUUUUCAGUUGAAUAACUAAGCCACAACAUAUGUGAUAAUAAAUAUUGAAAUGUAUUUAAACAUGUCAUACAAAGCAGUGUUGUGAAAUGUUUGUCUCUUCACAGUAUCGUGAGGACUUCACCUUGUCUUUCAGUGUUCUAGUGACUGUCUGUCUCUUCACAGUAUCGUGAGGACUUCACCUUGUCUUUCAGUGUUCUAGUGACUGUCUGUCUCUUCACAGUAUCGUGAGGACUUCACCUUGUCUUUCAGUGUUCUAGUGACUGUCUGUCUCUUCACAGUAUCGUGAGGACUUCACCUUGUCUUUCAGUGUUCUAGUGACUGUCUGUCUCUUCACAGUAUCGUGAGGACUUCACCUUGUCUUUCAGUGUUCUAGUGACUGUCUGUCUCUUCACAGUAUCGUGAGGAGCGGUUCCGCAUGACGAGUGAGAGCACUAACCAGCGUGUGCUUUGGUGGUCUAUAGCUCAGACACUUAUUCUCCUCACCACUGGCAUAUGGCAGAUGAAGCACCUCAAGAGCUUCUUUGAGGCCAAGAAGUUGGUGUAG